AUGGUACUAUCCUCUUAUAUGGAUAUAUUUGUAGGAUAUGCAGCAGCUUGUAUCUUUGGUGAUAAUAUCACUGCUACUACAUUUUUUCCGUUAAUUGUCUCUCCAUUAUUAAUUUUAGGUAUGUAUACUGGAUUUUUGAUUGAUGUGAGAAGUAUUCCGAUUUAUUUCAAAAUAUUCACUCCAUUGUCAUGGUUUAAAUAUUCAUAUGAAGCACAUCUUAUUGUUUUACUUCGUCCAAUAAACGAAAUUAAAGGUGAUUCACCUAUGAAGUGUCAAAUGAUCUCAAUCUGGAAUAAGUCCAAGAAAGGUAACAAGAAUGAACUUGUGAUGGAUUUCAAAGUCAACAUGUAA